CAUAUUCUUUUUAUCUUCGUCUUUUUUUUUUUGUUUCUUAGGGUUAAUGGUUGUUUGAUUCUGGGAAUGGGGAAUUUCGAUUUCUGUGAUUUUAGGGUUUCGAUUCCUAGUAGAUUGUGAUCGAAUCGAAUGGUAUCUCUCUCUUUCGUUUUCAUGGUUUAGAUUGGUUUCUCAAGUUUGGGGCUUUCCCAUUAGGUUUUUGUGUGUGGAAAAUUUGAGACCAAGACUUUGUAACUCAGAUCCUAAUCUUUUCCAUUGAAUUUGUUUCUCUGAGCUGAUUUUGCGAUGUUUGUUUUCAGAGGAAUGGUUUUAUUUUUCUUGAAAACAAAACAUUUGUGGUCAUUUCGCUUCGAUGAUUUAUGAGAAUCUUCGUUUGGAUGUUGGAGUUUUUCUUGGUUUUUUUUGAACAGGUCAACGUUUUUUUUUACGCAUUGAGGCUAAGAAGUGUGAGAGAAGAGAUGGCUGAUCAUCUGAGUUCAUGUACCGACCGUCUCGUAACACCUGAAACAUUAAAUUCAGAGAGAGGAUCCUCCAAUGAAACAAUUGAAUCUUCUGGAGAGAGUUCUAGAGCUCAAGGCAGCACAAGCCUGUCUACUGCUAUGGAUCUUAAGACCAAGGAAGAAGAAGCAACGGAACAGCACGAUGUGGACGAGGAAGAGGAGCCGCUUAUCCAAUCUGUUGAAUGUCGUAUUUGCCAAGAGGAAGAUUCCGUUAAGAACCUCGAGUCACCUUGUUCUUGUAGUGGCAGUUUGAAGUAUGCACAUCGGAAGUGUGUUCAACGUUGGUGUAAUGAGAAAGGCGACAUAACAUGUGAAAUAUGCCAUAAGUCUUAUCAACCUGGAUACACUGCUCCACCGCCUCCUCCUGCUGAUGAUACCGUUAUUGAUAUCGGUGAAGAUUGGGCCAAUGGUGUUCCAUUAGAUUUGAACGACCCGCGCAUUUUUGCAAUGGCAGCUGCAGAACGCCAUUUCUUUGACGCGGACUAUGAUGAAUACGCUGAUUCUAACUCAAGCGGAGCUGCGUUUUGUCGCUCUGCUGCUCUUAUAUUAAUGGCGCUUUUACUGUUACGACAUGCUCUGAACCUAUCAAACAACAACUCAGACGAUGAAGAAGAUGACCCGUCAGCUUUCUUCUUUCUUUUCAUGCUUCGUGCCGCCGGUUUUCUCCUCCCGUGUUACAUCAUGGCUUGGGCUAUCAGUAUAUUACAACGUCGCAGACAAAGACAGGAAGCGGCUGCUCUGGCUGCUGCAGAAGUAGCGUUUAUGUUACAUAGCGGCGGGGGCAGUGGAGGACAACGAAGAGGAGGAUUACACUUUGCUGUAGCACCUGAGCUUAUAUCUAAUCCACAUCACCAACCUGAAGCUUCGCCUCAAUGAGUAUGAAUUCCAAAUCACCGGUAUGAGAUUUGUGUGUCUUUGUCUGUCUGUGUAGUAGCUCUUGUGUGUUUGUUGUGUAACUUACCGGUCUUGCUCCAAUCAAACACACACAACUGAGAUUUUUAAAAAAGGACCAGAGAAGUUUCUCUUUGUCUAUCUUUUUACAGACGAGGAAAAAAAAAAAAAGAUUGUUCACAUAUUUAAAUU